AUGAGACGACGUCUGAUAUCACUGUCUACCACCACCACCACCGCCACCACCACCACCACCACCACCACCACCACCACCACCACCACCAACCCCCCCACCUCCAGCGAUAUGGACUCGAUUCAGCCAUGUCCCCACCGCAAUCGAACAAUCACCUUACACUUCGGCCUGGUUCACUUGCGAAUCCAUCCCACAGAGAAUGGGAAACCAGUUCCUGUAGCACCAGCAUACACUCGCGAAUCCGCCUCAACUGCCCUCAAUGCCCCCGCACACCCACUCACCGCAGGGGCCUAUUAG